AUGUCUGGGGUGACAGGUCAGCCACAAGAGGAAGAUAAGAAGCCCAACGAUCAGUCUGCUCACAUCAACCUCAAAGUGAAGGGCCAGGAUGGAAAUGAAGUCUUUUUCAGGAUCAAAAGAAGCACACAAUUGAAGAAGCUGAUGAAUGCCUACUGUGAUCGCCAAUCCGUUGAGUUCAACUCAAUUGCCUUCUUGUUUGAUGGUCGUCGUCUUCGUGGAGAGCAAACUCCUGAUGAGCUCGACAUGGAAGAUGGGGAUGAGAUCGAUGCUAUGUUGCACCAAACUGGUGGUGCUGUGAAAGCUAAUAAUUAA